AAUAUGCCAGAGAAAAUAAAUGUUUUGAGAGGAUCCUGUGUGAACAUCCCCUGCUCCUUUAAUGUAAGGGGGGAAUUUGAAACUAACUUAGAUGAUUCAUGUAAAGCAUAUUGGAUUUAUUCAACUUCAUUUUCGACUGAAAAUGCAAAACUAAAGCCAACUAAAGAAAUGACAGGAGACUUAACAAAGAAAGACUGCACCACAACUUUCAAUAAUACACGUCUCCUUCAAAGUGCUAAAUACAAUUUCAGACUGGAGUGUGAUAAUCCACUGAAAUUCACUUUUACCCAAGCUGGUGUAGAUAUUUCACUCAUAGCUGCUUCUCCCUCACCAACUCUGACUCCAUCCACACUGGAGGUGGAGGAGGGAGCCUCAGUGAGUCUGACGUGCUCUGCUCCAGCUCCAUGUUGGUCUCAUCCUCCAGCUCUGACAUGGAGCCCUAACCUGGGUCAGAGUCAGGAGACACUGCAGGAGAAUCAGGACAAAACUAAAGUCAGGACCUCUGUUAAGAAUUUCAAUGCUUCUCACCUCCAUCAUGGAAAUAAAAUCUCCUGCACUGCUGUCUACAAGAAACAAGAUGGUAGCGCUGAUGUCACUGCUGAAGCAAGUUUAACUCCUGAUAUUUCAUAUUCACCCAAAGAUGUACAAAUUUCCAUCAGUCCUUCUGCUCCAAUAUUAGAAAACCAAAAAGUGACUCUGACCUGCAGCAGUAAUGCCAACCCAGCAGUAGAAAACUACACCUGGUACAGAGCUGAUGGAGACCAGGAGACUUUUAUUGGGACUGGAAGCUCUUUUAAUGUUACCGUUUCAAAAGUCAAAAGUACAUUUUUCUGCAAGGCUACAAAUGAACUUGGAUUUAAACGAUCAAGCAACCUACAAAUAAAUGUUCAAUAUUCACCUAAAAACGUUACUGUUUCAGUCAGUCCUUCUGGUCCAGUACCAGAGAACCUCAACGUGACUCUAACCUGCAGCAGUAAUGCCAACCCAGCAGUAGAAAACUACACCUGGUACAGUGCAGAUGGAAACCAGGAGACUUUUAUUGGGACAGGAAUGAAUUUAUCUAUUAAAGUCUCCAAAGACAGGCGGAUAUUGUUUUGCAAAGCUGGAAAUGAGAUUGGAGUUGGACGUUCCAGCAGCAUUCAAAUUGAAGUUCAAUACCCUCCACAGAUCCUGUUCUCGUCACACUGCACCUCAACAGAAAGUCAGCUCAACUGUUCCUGUGAGACUCUGGGAAACCCGUCCCCCAAUAUACAGUGGUAUUUGAAUGGACUAACUGUCAAUCACUCUAAAUGCGAAAUAUUCAAUGAGACUCUGAACAGGACAAUUCUGAGGAGCUUCUUCACUCUGAAUCAGCCUCAUAAGAAGAAUUAUCUCACCUUGAUUUGUCGCACCGUCAACUCUCUGGGCUCGGCCAGUCAACAAUUUUGUGUCAGCAGCCAACAAAUUUCCACAGAACAUCAACUUCUGUAUCCAGCGAUAAUAUCCAUUCUUGGAGUGCUACUGUUAGCACUGUUACUAUGUGUGUUUUUUAUCAGGGCUCAGAAGAGUCCCUGUAAAAAUAAAGGUCACUUAACAGACGAAAACAACACAGUUGCAACAAGUCAGCCUCUAACCGAAGAAGGAAAUGAGGAACCAAACACAGCAGAAGAGUGCAUUUAUGCAAACGCUGAUGGGCUGAGAGGGGCAGAAAAUUUUCACCCUGCAAACAUCGCUGGACCAAGCAGCACUAACUUUCCAAACUCUGGGCCAAACCAUGCAGAAGGAGGACGCAAAAAAUCAGACAAGAAAGAGGACGAGUGCGAACUGAUUUACUCUAAUGUGAACUGGAAAAUGAAAAGCAAGAAAAAGAAGGGUGAAAAGUCUUUGGACAUGAAUCCAUCUGCCAGAUCUUAUUUGGAAGAGGAGAAGUGCACGGUGAGGGGAGUUAACAGAAAGUCUGUGAGCAAUGCAGUAGAAAUGGGAGGCCUGUAUGCUCAAGUGGAGCCUAGAAAUAUGAGGAAGGAAGUGGGGUGUGAAUAUGCGCAAGUCAAAUUUAAAGAACAAAGCGCUAUGCAAAAAUAGAUAUAUAGUGCCGUGAAAAAAUAUUUACCCCAUA